AUGAAUUUUGAAACUCCAUCCAAAAUCGUUAAGCUGCGAGUCGGCAUUCCGGAGGACCAUUUCAUUGACGGCCCAUCAGAAGGACAGACUGUACGCGAGCAGUCUCCAGAAAUUAUGCCCCUACAGAGUGUCAGCUCAAGGCCGACCCCAUCAGCCUGUCCGCUGGCCUCAUCAGGCAGUAACGCGAAUGCCGACGCCAAGUCUGGGCCAACUUCACAUGCAUCAGGGAGAAUCAGUCCUAUCGACUCAAAGGAAACAAUCGAUCGCUUUCUUGAGCUCGAAAGCCAGCAUCACACACUUCUCGGCAAUUUGGACCGCCACCAGGAUCGAAUCAGCGAUCUAAGACGGCAAUUUAUUGGGAUCAGGAUACAAAUCGAGGCAAAACGGCAUGCUGUACGGCUGCUUCUUACUGAGAAACGCGAUCAAGAGGCUGCGAAGAAGCGGAUUUGGGAUGCCAUGUCAAAGGAGGAUAUCCGGGAAUUAGGUCGCCGCGAUAGCCUAACAAAAAGAUUCAAGCACGGUUGA